GGAAGGAGCCUGCGGGGAGCGUGCCGCGUCGCGUCGCAGUCGCGGCGCGCGCCGGCCGGUGAGGGGUUGGUCCACUCUGUCCAGCUCGGAAACAGGAGCAGCCCAACGUCAUCCGGACACAGCUCACCGAGGCUCAGAUUCAGGUGCCGCUGCUCGAGCAUGGUGCGGGCGCUGUGGGCGGCCGUGUGCCUGCUGGCCGCGGCCCGGGCGGCGGCCGACCGCCAGCCGGCACACACCGUGUUCGACGUGCCCCGGCGCGUCGAGACGGUCCGCACCGACGGCGCCGACGACCUGGGCUUCAGCGCCGACCCGGAGCCCGCGUCGGCACCGACGGAGGCCGCCGGCGGCGGCGUCCGGCGCCUCUGGGGGGUGGCCGACACCACGGCGCGGCCCGGCCGCCUCUUCGUCCACGCCAUCGACAGGCACGCCUUCCAGGGCCGCGUCAGCCGGUAUGAGGUCUCUGGCGGCGGCGGACCGGGCACUCCGCUACCCUCGUGGCUGACCUUUGACCCGGCGCGGGUCACCUUCACUGGCGUGCCGACGGCGGCGGACGUGCGGCCUCACCUGGUGGCGGUGACGGCGGUCGGCGCCGACGGCUCCAGCGUCAAAGACGUCUUCAUGGUGGACGUGCUGCCCGAGCCAGCGUCGUCAGAGGAAUUCGGGGCUGUCGGCGGCGGAGAGCCGCUGUCGGACGAGCUGGAGGGCUGCCGCGCUGGCAGCGCCCCUAGCGUCGCCUCCGUGUACUUUGAUGUGCCGCCCAGCACCCUAGGUGGCGCGGAACGCCUCCGUCUUCUGAUGGCUCUUGCGCGGGAGAUGCAGCUGAGCCCUGAGGCGAUUCUGAUGAGGUCACAGACGGGCGCCAUCCCAAUGGGUUUGUCCAGCACAGUGGAGGCGGGGCCGGGCGUGCGGCCCCGGCGCGGGAACGACCUAACGCGACUCUCCUGGAAGGUGGGCUGCGGGGACCAGCUGCAGCCGUCGCGGCGCUGGUCGCUGACUGCCCUGCGCCAGGACCAGCGGCUGCGGCAGCUGUCGGACGCCGCCGGACGCCCGGCCGUCGGCUGGAACCUGGAGUCGGUCCGCGCCGCGCCCGGCCGCCGGCGGAGACAGGUGGACGGAUCCGGCGCCGGACUCGGCGACUACAAUUACGAUGAGGACGACUACUAUGACGAUGAGGACGACUAUUACGACAGCGAGUACGACUAUUAUGGCGGAUUUGAGGAUGAGACUUCGACCGGGCCCACCGAUUCCUACCGAUUCCCGUAUGAGGCGUCUACCCCUGAGGGCAGUACCACCACAACCACCACAACAACCACAACCACAACCACUACCACGGCUGCGCCUACGGCGGCCACCACGGCCGGCACGCCGAGCACGACCGGCUUCUUCUGGGGCGAGCACAGCACUGAGCCGUUCCCCGUGUACGUCGAGUCCAACUACGACGGCGUGACGUUCGCGCCGGAGGGCCCCACCGGCGACUGGCCCGGCUACGACUACUACGACGGCGAGGAUUACGACUACGACGAGCCGUCGGACGGCGAGCCGGACUACGCGGCGCCGCCCGAGGAGCGCGUGGUGCCCUCAUUGGCCACCCCGGCCCUGGAGCAGCCGCCCGCCUCGCCCGUCUACCCGCCGCCGCGCGUGUCGGCGCGACCAGAGCUGUCCCGCGUCAGCACACCGAUACCGGUGGCAGUGGUGCCGACCGUGUACCGUCCGUCGCCUCUGGAGCCGAGCCGGCCGACCGAGGAGGCGCCGCCGGCCUCCCCGACUCCGUCCACCGUGUACCUAGAGCCGUCCACCAGCGCGCCGACAUCACUCGUGGAGUCGUCGAUGACGGAGCCGGUGACGGUGAGCGCCACGCCGACCGUGGCUCCGCCGCCGGUGUUCACUGCGCCGCCCAACGUGCGGCCGCGCGUGCAGCAGCCGCUGCUGCCGCUGUACGCGGUGGCCGGCAAGCCGUUCUCCGAGUGGGUGCCGGAGGAGACGUUUGUUGACCUGGAGGAUGGCGAGACGCCCGAGCUGGAGCUGCAGCUGGAGGACCUGUCCUCUGCCGACGGCCAGCCGCCGGCCCAGGGCUGGGUGCAGUUCAGCAGCGACGACCAGCGCUUCUACGGACUGCCCCUGGAGGAGGACGCUGGGAUGUACGACUACCAGCUGGCAGCGUUCGACAGCGACGGCGACUCGGCGACUACCGAGAUCGCCGUCCACGUGCGCUCCAACCCGCUGCUGCGGCAACUCAACCACCGAGUCGACAUGGAGCUCAAACUGAACCUGCCUGAAGGCUUCCCUACGAGGGCGGAUUGGCUGACUCAGCUGGUGGCCCAGCUGUCGCGGCUGUUCGGGGAAUCCCUGGAGGACACGGCGGUGCUGCUGGAGCGGCUGAGGGCCGAGCCGGGCCUGCCGAUCCGCCUGACCUGGGUCAAUGACACCCUGCUGGGCGACGCGUGUGACCGCGCAGAGAUUCAGAGGAUGGAGGAGCUGCUGGUGGACAAGGACGGCUCUCCGUCGCCGUACCUACAGAAGACGCUGGCGCCCGUCUUCAGGGCCAAACGUAUCCACGUGGACCGGAUGGGAGACUGUCAGGAGCCACCGCCGCCGCCGCCGCCGCUCGUGCCGACGCUGGCGCCCACCGAACCACCUACCGAGCCUCCUACGGAACCAGCGACAGAACCGCCGACAGAACCGCCGACAGAACCACCCACGGAACCCCCUACGGAGCCUCCCACGGAAGAGCCCACAGAACCUCCUACGGAGCCACCCACAGAACCUCCUACGGAGCCAGCUACGGAACCGCCCACCGAGCCACCCACAGAGCCGGAGCCGGAGCCGGAGCCGGAGGUUCCCGUUUCGGCGCCGAACCCGCCUCUGCUCUUAGAGCCGCUGGAGCCGGUGAAGACGCCGGCCGGUCACGUGUUCGAGCUGCAGCUGCCGGAGACUAUGUUCGGUCCGGGCCCGGGCGGCCGCGGCCUCUCGGAGAUGUCCCUACGCCUGCUGUCGGCCGCUGGGGACGAGCUGCCCGCCAGCAGCUGGCUGCAGCUGGACGCCAGCAGCCACCAGCUGGUCGGACUGCCGAUGGACAAGGACGCGCGCCGAGAGCGCUACUUCCUGGUGUGCGAGGACAGCGAGGGCCGCAGUGCCUCUGCCGAGCUCGAGGUGACUGUGGAGCCGCGGCCGGCCGCCGGCGCCGUGCUGCCGCCCUCGGCUCAGUUCCAGCUCACGCUCGACCACAACCACCGGGCGUUCGUGCGCCGGCCGUUGCUGCGCGUGCGACUGGCCCGCGCCAUCGGCCGACUGUUCGGAGACGCCGGCGCCCAGGCGGUGGUGAUCGAGUCGAUCGCCGCCGGCUCGACGGUGGUCAGCUGGUCGAACGGCUCGCUGCCGACCGACGUGUGCGCCGAGACAGAGGUGCGCCGGCUCCAGGAGACGCUGGUCGAUGACCAGGGCGAGGUGACCGCGCACGCGCGGGACGCCCUGCAGCCAGAGUUCCGCGUCCAGAGCGCCAGUGUGACGCUGCAGGGCGCGUGUGCGGCGCUCAUGACGCCGCCCACGGAGGUACCAGUGGGGACUGAGGGCGGUAACGGCACGCUGACCGGCGGCGAGGGAGAGGACGAGGACGGCAACUACUUCAUCACGUUCCUGAUCCCGGCCGUGGUGAUAGCCGUGAUGCUGCUGAUCGCCCUGGUGGUGGCCUGCUGUCUGUACCGCUCGCGCCGGCGCGGCAAGAUGUCCAUGUCGGAGAGCGGCACGUACACCAGUCGCGGCGUGCCCGUCAUCUUCGCCGACGAGCUGGAGGAGCGGGUGGACCGACGCGCCACCAAGCCGCUGGUACUGAGCAGCGAGAAGCCGCCCGAGCCGCCGGCCUACCCGACGGCCACCACGCCCAUGCUGGACGCCCACGGCGAGGCCAACGGUGCUGGAGACGCGCCCUACGAGCGGCCGCCGCCGGUGGCCGCACCCCCCGAGUCGGGCCGGGCCGGCCGGCAGGCGUCCAACGCCCGCCAGCCGCCGCCCUACGUGCCGCCCUAGCGGGCCGGAGUGCCGAGUGGGACCCGCUGGGCCCGGCGCCGGGACAGACAGAGCCCGGUGCCUGAACUGAGUGUGACGGACGCCUGACCACAGGUGGACGGAUAUCGGCGCCGAGAGUGCUGGGGACGCGUGGUGGUCGUGUGACAUUGUGUUAUGCCGAGAGACUUGGAGAAUAGUUCGUGGUGCCUACUCAAAGCCCAGGAGAGCUUUUAGCUUUAUGACGUCAUUUUAGUCACGUGACGGUAACUCUGACAUGCUAGAGAUUGGACUUACUGACGGUGGACGGACCCCGCGCGACUGAGCUUACCGCCGCGACAGCUGAGUAUUGGUUCAUACUGCCCGCUGUGGUCUCUGAUUGGCUACUGGCAAUCCGUCGCGAUAUCCCACUGGCUGAUGUCGUCCAGCGCGACUCCUCCAAUAUGGCCGCCGCUGCGUGUGUGUGGUCCGGUGCCGAUGUGAUGUCUGUGAUGGGGCGGCGCGCCGGUGUUCCCUCUUGUAACCCCUGCUUUGUGACUGGCCGAGUGUCCAGCCCGACUGACGAUCUGCGCGCCGCGGUCCACGGUAACCAGACAUCCGCUAACGCAGACUAGUGCAGCAGCGCGCCCUCAGCAAACUGCGCGUGCCAAUGCAAUAUAAACCCGUGUAUUCUU